AUGCCACGCCCGUUACGUACUCGUAAGCGUACAGUACUGGGUGAGAGAACGGAUAAUGAUAAUCAUGUAAACGUUAAACAAGGCGCGUAUGGAAGAGACAGCACAAAUACCGAACUAGUAAAAGAUGCGGCCACUCAUAUCGAAUUAUCCUCAAAGAAACUUUCAAACAAAACAUCGCCCGCUACUGACAAAUCCACUUUAUGUAUAGAAGAUGUUGACGUUUUGUCUAAUAACAUAUCAGAUACGACUGUAGAAAUCAAAGGGACCGAGAUAACAACACCAAAUUAUCUAACACAACGUGACGGUUCCCAAAAACCUUCAUCAGAUAGACACCAACAGAAAUUGAUCAAUUCUCAUAAUUCAAAAAAGCAACUGUCGCAUGAUAGUUCAUGUUCAGAUCAUGAUUCAGACGAUCCCUUUGGUUUUGCAAAAGCAGAAAGAAAAGCUAAGAGAUGUAACAAUUAUGGCAAAGCGAAAUCAAAUGAUCAUACUACGGGCAACGAGGAUGUGGAGGAUGAGAUUAUCAUGGUAAAGAGCUCUGAAUCUUUAUCUCAAAAAAGUAAUAAUUCUAAAUCCAAAGAGAGCACAGCUUGUCAGCAGACAUGCCAAACAGACACCGGUGAAGAUCUGCGUAUCCAGAAAAGCAAUGACUUGGAAGUAUCAGCUAAAACGUCUUCAGUAGAAGACGUGAUCCAUGUCCAUUCGCCCGAAUCAAUUCAGCAUGAGCUUUUUCCACCGGACAACCACCAACCGUCUGAUGAAAUAGUAUUAAAUGCCACCGUGAAAAGCGAGCACCAGCAGAAGGUGAAACCCAUUGCCAAGAAAAGUCAACCAUCCCGGACGCGGCGUAAAAGAAAUAAUGGUGGUGACAAAGAUGAAUUGAAUACAGACGCGCAACUUGAUACAAAGCAAAAGAGACGAGCUUACAAGGGACGGAACACUAAUAAUAGCAAAAAACCAAAGUUGAACCAAACCCGACCGGAAACAAGCGAACCUGAACAAAUUGAGGUGUAUUCUAAUGAUGAGCAAGAACCAGAGUUGGAAAGUGAGAAACUGCGUCAGGAUCUCGAACGACGGAUUCAACAUUUCGAAGAAGUUGACAAGUUUGUUUUACAAGUUGAUAGAGUCACGACAAUCGAUGAAACGGAUGAAAUUGAUCAAA